AUGGACACCAUUGGACCCAAUAUUGCUUUUGGCAUCGACCAGGAGCCGGCUGUUGCCUUGUGCUCUAGUCAAGUCCUCGUCGAGUUCGAGCACUCUGCGCCCGCAUCUUCCAGCACCGGGCCGGACGAAAAUAUCAUGGCAUUUGCAGGGAAGGUUGUCGAUGCCGGCUCUGCUGUCAGUGCAUUUCACAAUGCCGAUCGAGUGGUAGUCUUCGACAAACCCUCUUCCUUUCAACAAAACUUAACAGCUACGCACCGAAAGAUCAUUGUUCCCUCCGAGAGACUCCAUAUCAUCCCAGAGACCAUGUCAUCCUAUGUAGCCUGCCUACACGCAGCGGCUCUGGUCCAAGCGACCGUAAUCAUUGAACAGAAGCUCCAUUUGUCCUUCUCGCCGGAGCAAAAGAAGCCACAUCGGGGGCAGGUUCCGCAAGGAAGGCGUGUCGCCAUAAUCGGAGGCGAGACAGAGCUUGCGGUUGCCUUGGUCCAAGUGCUCAGGCGGGUAAGUCCCAAUACCAGAAUCGUCGUGUUUUCCAGCAUGGACAACCAAGCGGAUCUCUUCCAGCGUACAUGCCACCUUGUUGGCCUGGGAGCCUCGUUCGCCAUUGAUGGCGCUCUCCCAGACUUGAUGGAGCACGCCGAGGCGAUGAAAGAUGAAGCUGGAAUCGAGGUAAUCAUCAACACGGUUAUUGGCCAGCCCGUCAGGACCGAUCUUGUCGAUGUUUUGACUGGGCCAAAGGUUUUAGUGGAAUACCAGUCUUUGCGAAUCCCGACGAUGCAGUCGACAGCACGAGUCGGCGACAGCGACUUCUCGGCGGCGCUUUAUCGUAUGCUUGCUGAAAGCGCGGACGAGUUCGCUAGAUACGUACAGUCUCCAGAUCGGUGUAUACCGCAGGAUGACAGGAUGUGA